CACAAUUGAGGUAAUUUUAAACGGAGGCUGACUUUUAACUUGUUCCAUGAUGCCACUGGGUCGUUCCCCUCGCGGCUUCUUCAAACCUUGUGACGCAUCGUGGUUCCUUUUAUGUAUGUCAUAUUAAUUUUUUAGUAAUAUAUUUUGGCAUCGGUAGUAUUCUCAAAAAGCCUGACACGAGUUUCUUAUAUGUCAAAUUCAUUAACUUGUCGUUAUUAUAAUACUAUUAUAAUGACAAUCGUUGUAGGAAUUAUUUUCUAUUGGCUUAAGCAUAGUACAUAUUUCAUGAACGUGUAAUCUUGUGAAUAUGGUGGAGCUAUCCUUUACGUAGGUUUGUAGCUCAAAGCUGCUCAGUUGGAUAAAUUUCUAAUGUCUGACUUGGCAGUAUGUCGUUUUGCGUACGAUGGGGUUGUUACUGCAGUAGUAAAAAUAUUGGAAUCAGAUGGAGAAAAAUCUUUUGUUGACCAGGUUUCAUUGUGAAUUUUUUUGAAAUUCUGUAUUCAAUACUUGCAGGCCGGGCGAAAUCCUCUUCAUUGGGCGGCUUGUGGAGGUCAUUUAGAAUUGGUAAAAGUUCUUCUAAGUAGAGGUUUCGAUAAAGAUUGCAAAGAUCAGUCUAACUGGACUCCACUUAUGAUUGCUGUUUCCGCUGGACGUGAUAAUGUAGCUUCAUAUCUUAUAGAGCAAGAACACGCUGAUGUAAAUGUAGUAAAUUCGACAGGUCAAUGCUGUCUUCACUAUUGUGCUUCUAAAAAUCGUCCUCAGUUGGCCAAACAGUUAUUAAAUGCUGGUGCGAAACCAGAUGUAAAAGAUUGGGGAGGAGUUACACCGCUUCAUCGUGCAAUCGCCACAGAAAACCUAGAUAUAGCUAAACUUCUUUUAGAUCAUACAGUUACUGAAGAAGACGUCGGUAAUGAAGAAGGCCGCAAUGUACUGUUUUCAAAGCUUGUUGACAUAAUUGACAAACAAGGCCAAACACCUCUACAUUAUGCAUGCGAAGAAGGCAAUUUCCAAGCUGCAACUUUAUUAAUGAAUUAUGGUGCCUCUAUAAAUCAUAAAGAUACAGAUGGCAAAACACCCAUAGACGUUGCUCCGGACCAUUUGCGUAUGAAUUUAUCAAAACUAUUAAAAGCCAAAUAAAAAAAUGAUCCUUUUUUAAAUAUUCGUUUAUUUCCAAAUAAAAAACUAUUUUUUGCAC